AUGAAUCAAGAAAAGUUGGCCAAACUUCAGGCUCAGGUCCAGAUAGGGGUCAAGGGUAUAGCUCACAGAAAGAAGAAGGUGGUACAUAGAACAGCUACAGCUGAUGACAGAAAGCUUCAGAGUUCUCUAAAAAAAAAAUUGGCUGUGGACAAUAUAGCAGGUAUUGAAGAAGUGAACAUGAUUAAAGAUGAUGGGACAGUUAUUCAUUUCAACAAUCCAAAGUUCCAAGCUUCCCUUUCUGCUAACACCUUUGCAAUUACCGAUCAUGCAAAAGCCAAACCAAUCAUAGAAAUGCUCCCUGGAAUAUUAAGUCAGCUUGGUGCUGACAGCUUAACAAGUCUUAGAAAGUUAGCUGAAUAGUUACCCUGACAAGUGUUGGAUAGCAAAGCAUCGAAACCAGAAGACAUUGAUGAAGUGGAUGAUGAUGUUCCAGAUCUCAUAGAAAAUUUUGAUGAGGCAUCAAAGAAUGAAGCUAACUAA